GCAACUUUCAGUAUUUGCCUUUUUAGGGAACAAUGUCCUCUCCUUGUUGUUCAUCCCAAAGAUCUCCAUCCAGCAGCCGCAGCAUUCCUGUUGGUGUGCAACAGCACUCUUUUGACUCCGGUCUGGUUUUGAGAGAAAGAAAUAACAGUAGCUGCCAUCACAGUCAGAAUGAUCACCUUGAUAGCCUGGACGGGAGUUUCUUUGACUUUACUGAAACACUGGAUGAUUCUUCUUAUGAAGGAGACAGUGGAAUCCCUGACUUGAAACUUGUUCGAAAAAUUGUAAGUCAGGUAGAAUUCUACUUAUCGGAUGAGAAUUUGUCCCAUGAUGCUUUCCUGCUUAAGCAUGUCCAGAAGAACAAGAUGGGUUAUGUCAGCAUAAAACUCCUCACAUCUUUUAAAAAGAUAAAAUACCUGACAAGAGACUGGAGGAAAACUCUUUAUGCUCUGCGGUUUUCAGAACAACUUGAGGUCAAUGAAGAAGAGACUAAAGUAAGACGGAAAAACCCAUUACCAGACUAUCUUCUUGGACUUCCACCCACCAAGCAGUUAUUGGUUUGGAAUAUAUCUGAUCCAGAGAAAAGAUCUUUUAGUUGCCAACAAAAAAAUUUAAUGGAAAUUGUGACUUCUGUUUUUGCCACUUAUGGCUUAAUCACUUCCAUUCGCAUUUUGAAACCAGGAAAGGAAGUUCCAAGUGACAUUAGAAAGUACAUGUCAAGGUAUCCAGAACUAUCUACUAGGAAUUGUGCUUUAGUAGAAUAUGAGAGUUUAGAAGGAGCCAGAAAGGCUCUUGAAGCACUUAGUGGGAAAGUGUCCUCUACAAAUAUUGACAGGAUCAAGGUAAUCCCUGUAAGUGGUCGCGGUACAAGAAAAAAAAAUGUAAUUGAUACUGCAGAACAAGAAGACUUAGACCUACCAGACAAAAAGAUGACAAGAAAAGAAAUUAGAGCCAUGGAAAGACUUCAAUACACAACUGAAGAUUCUUCAUUCUAUAGUUCAUCUGAAUCAGAUAGUACUCCUGCUUCCCCAGUCUUGGCACCACGGUAUCUUUCACCUCUAACUUUUUCCAGCCCUAGUAUGAUGUUUAAGCCACCUUUCUUUAGUAGCCCACGCCCCAGCACCUUAUAUGCUCGUAAAAGCCUGUCUUUUUCUCCUCAUAACCCUUCUCCGUUAGCUUCUGAACUAGGAAUUGGAGAUUACCCAAGCCCUGGCACAAGCCCAGAGUUUUCCCGUAAAAUUUCAGACCACUCUGCAGAAAAUGCAAUGAGCUCUACUAGUCCUUGGGUCCAACGCCGCAGGGCUGCAGCCCACAACCUACUACUAGAAAGUAAGCCACUACCAUGUAGCCCUCUUGCACUUAAGAAGUUGCCAGUUUCUCUUGGCUUAAAUAAUGGGGUCGUUCGUCACCCAUAUGGGCCAGAUGGCAGUAAAGGGUUCCACAAUUGCAUUGGCAGGGGGAAGCUGAUACUACGGCACUAAGUGGCGUUUUGGAUUUCCCUACAUUACAAUUUAACUUUCUAGUCUUGUUGAAAUUAACAUGCAACAGAAUAUAAAGACCUAAAAAGCGUCCUGUAGUACUUGCCAUAUACAUUUUUUUUGUACCCUUGAUCUCCAUAUAUCAUUUACUUUAAGAAGUAACUAUUUCAGUCAGUUAAAAUCAUUUAUAAUAUGGCUAAUCAUUGACCAAGAAAGUCAGUUUCUGGAAAAAUGCAUAGAUUUCCAUGUGGAAAAAUGCAUAGAUUUACAUUUUUGGACAUACUGUCACAAUGCAAAACACUUGCCUGUCAGAAAGUUUGCAGUUAAUGUGGCCAUACACUGAAAGAUCUGCUAAUUGUGGUUAGGUUGACCAACAAGUGGAUCUUUACCUAAUAUGCCCACCUUAAGGCGGCAAUAUCAGAUUAACCCAAUCGUUUGACCAUCAGGGGUGUAGGCCUUUGUGUGAUGACCUCAUUAAUGAGCUGAUAUGCUCCUUGCCCUGGUGGCAUUUUUUAACCUGCCUAAUUUGAUAUUGGAGCAAUUUUCAGCCUGAUAUCCAUGGGGUAUGCCUGUCUGAGGCCACCUUUAGUCUGUGUAAGUAAACCUUUCUAGCAAAAUUGGGAUUCACUUUCAAAUAUGACCACACUGGAUUUUUUUUUUUUUUAAUUUAGUGUAACUAGUAUUUUAAAAAUGCAACAAUUUUUCUUUUUCUUAAACUUUAUCAUCCUAAGGCCAGCUGAUACAAUGCAGUGUUUGAAACCUCUUCACAUGAGAUGCUUUGGUGCUUCCAUUUUGUUAGAUAUGCGAAUAUGUUCGAGUCUUUGAAUAAAGAUAUGGGUUUUCCUGUAACUUGCAGUGUUAGACAUUCGUGCAGAAUCGUGUAUUACCAUAAACCAUUACCCUCACCAUAGUUUCCUUCUCUGCUUAUGGCUCAUUUUAAAUGCCCUAUGUACAUUUUUUCCUUUAAUCAGUUUGAUCAAGGGUAUAAGAUUAAUUGAAGGCAUCUGAGUAUCCCCUUCCUUUUUAUAUUAAGGACAGACCUUUCUCUGUGCUAUCAACAGUCUCACUGGAGUCAGUGUGAUGUACCCAUCACAUAUACAGUAAAAUAAUACAGGGAGAGCUGCUAUAAGCAACAGGAAAGAAUGAUUUAUUUGCGUACAGUUUGAGUGACCAGUUCUGAAUUAUACCUGCAAUCAAAAAAAAAUUCUUAGGACUUUAAUGCGAAUAAAUAGCUGAUACAUAUGUAAGACUUUCCCAGACUUUGGCCUUAUGACAUUUAGCACGACUAUGUUACUAAAAUAGGUACAGAGAUACUUUCAUACUACAGGUAUACUGUAAGUCUUUAAUCAUUUCUCCCUUGUACUCACCAUCAUUUCUAGUUAGUUUUCUGGUAUUUACCAUUCAUUCUCCCUUUGUUUUCAAUGUUUGUUUUAAUUUGAGUUCUUAAAUGUAAUGCUAAAAAUAGAGCUAUUUUUUAAAAUGGCUUGUUGUAAUGUACACUUUACAUGAAUAUUUUGGAUGCAAAUCGGUACAAUAAGAAACUUGCCUGGCCUAAUUAAAACCUGCUUAUUUAGAAAAAGUCUGUUUAAGGUUAUGUAGAAAUAUAUAAACAAUACACCUUUUAUAAAAAAAAAAAUUACAUUUGUCCUGCAUUAACUAUUUAUGAAAGUUUUGAUGGUAAUUCAAUAAUAAAAUGUAAGCUAAUAUAAUAUUGUAAAAUAGUAUCCGAUUUGAAUUGUUGGAAAUAAAAACUUGUCUGAUCA